GAGAGAGAGAGAGAGAGAGAGAGAGAGAGAGAGAGAGACUCCAUGGAAGCUCACACACGGUUGAUUCAGUUCUUCUCAGUAUUAUUAUUAUUAUUUGUAUUUUCGGACAUUUUCAUCUACAAAUCUUUGGCCGAGAGCGUCACUCCUGAGGAAGCUAAACAGCUCAGGGAUGAGGUGCGAGAGAUGCUUUAUCAUGCAUUUGAUGGAUAUAUGAAUCACGCUUUUCCUCGCGAUGAGUUGAAACCUUUAUCAUGUGAGGGAGAAGAUACACUUGGGGGUUAUGCGCUAACAUUGAUUGAUUCCUUAGACACUUUAGCUUUGCUUGGUGACCGGGAGCGGUUCACCUCAUCUGUUGAAUGGAUUGGUAAAAAUCUUCGAUUUGAUAUUAACAAAACAGUGUCUGUGUUUGAAACUACUAUCCGGAUCCUUGGAGGUUUACUUUCUGCUCAUCUUAUUGCAAGCGAUUAUGCUACGGGAAUGAGAGUUCCCUCCUAUGAUGAUGAACUGCUUCACUUAGCCGAGGAUCUUGCCCGGAGAUUGUUACCUGCCUUUGAUACUCCUACAGGAAUUCCGUUUGGGUCUGUCAAUCUAUUGCAUGGAGUUGAUGAAAAAGAAAGCAAGAUAACAUCGACAGCUGGUGGUGGAACUUUAACAUUAGAAUUUGGGGUGCUUAGCCGCUUAACAAAUGAUCCCAUUUUUGAGCAAGUUACUAAGAAUGCUGUGCGUGGAUUAUGGGCCCGUCGAUCAAAAAUUAACCUAGUUGGUGCUCAUAUUGAUGUUUUUACCGGUGAAUGGACGCAAAAGGAUGCUGGAAUAGGAACAAGCAUUGACUCUUUCUAUGAGUAUCUCCUGAAGGCAUAUUUAUUAUUUGGAGAUGAAGAGUAUCUGUUCAUCUUCAAAGAAGCUUAUGCCGCUGCCAUGCACUAUCUAUAUAAUGAUCCUUGGUAUGUGGAGGUAAAUAUGAAUUCUGCUGCACUUGUCUGGCCAUUAUUUAACAGUCUGCAGGCAUUCUGGCCAGGCCUUCAGGUUCUAGCAGGGGAUAUUGAUCCUGCUAUUCGAACGCACACUGCCUUCUUUAGUGUCUGGAAAAGAUAUGGCUUCACUCCAGAGGGUUUUAAUCUAGCCACGCUCACUGUUCAGCAUGGGCAGAAAAGCUACCCACUGCGUCCUGAAUUAAUAGAGAGCACAUAUUGGCUGUACAAAGCUACGAGGAAUCCUAGAUAUCUUGAUGCUGGACGGGACAUGCUUGCUAGCUUGCAAUAUGGGGCCCGAUGCACUUGUGGAUAUUGUCAUAUAUCAGACGUGGAGUUUCACACACAGGAAGACCAUAUGGAAAGCUUCUUCUUAGCGGAAACAGUAAGGCUAAUGUUAUUUAAUGAAAUAAUCUUCUGUGAUCUUCCAAUUUGGUUUUCUUUUAUGGUUAGGGGUUUAUUCCUUUCCCAAAUAGCACUCUUGAAAUAGAACUAAAGUUUCAAUUUGGGUCUUGCUGGAUUAUUUGAAGUGUGGAAUUGAGACCACCGUGCAGAGUAUCUUUGUUAAAAGAUCUUUUGGGCUUAAGUACUUUGUAUGAUCUUGACCCUCCAAUUUAUUAUAUUGUAUGUUAUGAUCAAUGGUGAAAAGGAGUUCUGGUACUCAUCAUGAAGAAGAUUGUAUAUGACUAAGGACUAUGGGCACACAUCAACUUCUUCAUGGAAAAUUUCCUUUCCACUCCUUAGUGGUGAUUAACAACUCCUUACAUCUGUGCCUUACUGUAUUUGCAUAGAAUGGAGGACAUUGUCUUCCCAUCUUACUAAAUGCUUCGGUAAUGGUAAUGGGUUCUCAGUAUAUAGUUUCUCUUUGUCUCAUUUGUUUUAACCAUCAUCUGUUAGUCCAUUCAUUAGCAGUCUACUAAUAUUGUGUCUACUUAUUUAGGUUAAAUAUUUAUGGCUUCUUUUUGAUUUGGCGGUGGGUCCAGAUAACCUCGUUGAGAAUGGCCCAUACAAGUACAUCUUCAGCACUGAAGGUCAUUUGUUGCCUGCAACUCCACAAAUAUCUCUAGUUCGUGACCAUUGUUUGUAUUUUGGGUCAUACUGUCGUAAUAGUAAUCGGAGACAGGAAUCCCAUACUCUGGACAUUUCACCCGAUUUUCAGGAAACAAAUGGCAGCAGAUUUUAUGCAAGUCCUGGUGUUUCCAGUUUUUUAUCACACUCCAGUUUUCAUAAGUCCACUUCUGCCUCAGGAUUGAUUAAGGGACUCUGCCCAGGACUAACUCAUGGGCAAAAGUUUGGUUUAUCAUAUGUGGCUUCAACUGAUACACCUCUUGAGGAUGAGUCUUCAAAUCAAAGAGAGACUACUAUUACUCAAAGUCAUGCAGUGGUGGUGGUUUCGAGCCCAGAUGCUGACCAUUCACAGUUGGAUGCCCAGAAUGAUCAUGUCACUGAUCAGGAACCAAGGGAGAAUCAGGGAGCAACUCACCAAGAUACUAAAAGCGACUUGGGCUCGAUAGAUCUUGCUGAAGAGAGAUGAAAAGGAAGUUUUUGGAUGAUGAAUGACUAUUGGGAAGAAGAUUCAGGCUUUCAACUAGAAGUCCGCAAUGAAGCAGGUUUCUCCAAGUUUUUCAUUUGUGAUCAGAGCUUCCAGCUAUUUGAUUCGGUGCCUGUGAACUCGGAGCUUCUGGAUGAAAAUUUGAACAGGAAGAACAAUAACAUCUGUAUGAUGUCUCGGUCACUUAUCAUGCUGCUUCCGUAAGGUGGAGAUAAAGAUUACCAGCAUUUGGUCAUCUUUCAUGUCUGUAUUUUUAAUUUUAUUUGUGGGUUUUAAAGAUGUGUGUUAGGGGAGGGUUCAUCAAGUGGAUAUAAGUGGGAUUAUAGAUACUCGAUGGCUCAGAACAUUCAUAAGAGAUAGCAAAAUACAACUUUCUCAUGAUGUGAAAUUAGGUUAGUGGUCGAAGAAAGAAAUAUACCCUUUGAACAAAUUACACACAAGUUUUGCUGACAGUUCGGGUAGAUGUCAAUAUAGAUCUUUCUGAUUCAGUUAGAUGCAAUUCUUUGAAUUGCAGCUGACUUAAUUUCGAAGUUCUGUUGGGUAUGAAGGUUGACGUUUGUCGGUAUUAACGCGUUGUGAUUUUCUUUUUGGAUUUGUUUAUUUUGUUUUUGUUUUCUCUCUAUGAAGGAGGUUUUAAGUUCCUUGUUUUGGAAAGUGCUGGAGAGGUUGAAUAUCAGCAUUGGUUUCUGGUGAGAGGAUUGAGAAGUUGCUAAUGCCUGCUAGACCAUGUAAUGUUGUGCAAGUGGACUUGAGUUGGAUCUGUGUUAAUGUAUCUUCGUUUAUAUUUUUUUCAAUGGUAGAUCACCCGGUG